AUGCAUUCCCCACUACCAGCCCCCCAGACCCCGAAAGUAAUGCAUUCCCUAGUAUCAGCUCCACAGUCCCCGAAAUUAUUGUACUCGCCACUACCAGCUCCCCCGUCCCUGAAAUUAAUACAUUCCCCACUACAAGCACUCCAGUUCCCGAAAUACAAGCUCCCCAGUCCCCGAAAGCAGUGCAUUCCCCACUACCAGCUCCCCAGCCACGAAAGUAGUGCAAACCCCACUACCAGCUCCCCAGUCCCCGAUAGUAAUGCAUUCCCCACUACUAGCUCCCCAGUCCCCGAAAGUAAUGCAUUCCCUACUACCAGCUCCCCAGUCCCCAAAAAUAAUGUAUUCCCCACUACCAGCUCCCCAGUUUCCGAAAAUAAUAUAUUCCUUAUUACCAGCUCCCCAGUCCCCGAAAAUAAUAUAUUCCUUAGUACCAGCUCCCCAGGCAACGGAAGUAAUGUAUUUCCUACUACCACCUCCCAAGUCCCCGAGAGUAAUGCAUUCCAACUACAAGCUCCCCAGUUCCCGAAAGUAGUGCAUUCCUCACUACCAGCUCGCCAGUCCCCGAAAGUAAGGCAUUCCCUAGUACCAGCUCCACAGUCCCCGAAAUUAGUCCAUUCCCCACUACCAACCCCCAGUCCCCGAAAGUAA